AUGAGUGCGGGUUUGAAGGAAGCUUCCGUGCCGGUGUCACGGGAUUUGCUCCUCUCGACCUUUGCGCAGUUGGACCGGCUGCUGGAGGGCAUCGCACAGGCACGGCUCAUCAACCCAUCCGAGUCAGCUCUGCAGAGCGCGGCCCUGGCUCUCUUUGCGGUGGUCAGUUCCGUGCGGUCCUCCGAGGAGUUCCGCUGCAUGCAGGCUGAAGCAGACAGCGUGCGAGUCAAGGCGACCUUUCUUGAGAAGCUCGUCACGGAG